GUCCUCGGAGCUGAGGUGCACACGCUUCCACGAGACCGGUGGAAGCAGCACGAUAAGUUGUACAAAACCGUCCAUCCGUGGCUGCCAUUCAAUGCCGGGCGGAGCAAGAAGGCCAUCGAGGAGGCGGCGCAACUGGAAUCGGGCUCGACAACGCGGCGGCCGAUCAGAGCACGUGGCGGCGUCGUACUGUGCACGGGGGGAUACAAUCGAAGCCUACGAGGCUUCCCAUAAUCGGCAAGUACUCACCUGUGCUGGCGAAGAACUACGAGAAAACCCUGCCACUGGGAUCCAUCAGCGACGACGGCACGGCAUUGGGCUUAGGCGUCUCCGCAGGAGGUGCAUUGGGACUGCUCCGAAAGAUCAGCGUCUCACGCACCAUGGUGCCACCGAAUGUGUAUGCACAUGGGAUUCUAGUGAACGCAAACGGCAAGAGAUUCAUCAAUGAAGGCGCCUAUGCCAUGUUCAUCGGGACCGAAAUGUUGAAUCAGCCCGAUGGCAGGGGGUAUCUGAUCCUGGAAUCUCGCCAUUUCUGGUACGGCGUGUAUAAAUGCUUCUUCACUGGCGGGGCUUUUCUCCUCUGGGGUUUGCCGCCGUUGAUCAACAUCUUCUUGGGGGGUACUCGACGAGCGAGAUCCGUCGGGAAGCUAGCGGCAAAGAUCAAAGUGACGCCUGACGGCCUGAAGCAACAGAUUGACGAGUACAACAAUGCCAGCGUGCGUGGCGAGUUGGACAAGUUGGGAAAGCUGCAAAAGCUGUUCACCCCUGUCUCCAAGGGCCCCUUUUAUGCCGUCAACGUGUCGCUGAGAAACAAGUACAAUACCGCCCAAACCAUUACCAUGGGAGGUCUGGUCGUAGAGGAAGAGACUGGAAAGAUUGUACGGCCUGACGGCAGAUCCAUUUCGGGGCUUUAUGCCGCAGGCAGAGCAGCGGUUGGAAUUUGCUCGGGUGGAUUUGUGAGUGGCAUGGCACUCGCAGAUGCCAUCUUCAGCGGGCGCCGUGCGGGCAAGGCCGCUGCGGAUCAGGCGCUGUCCAAACAUGGGAAUUAGACGUGAAAGCCACGAACUUCUGACCUGAUCUGCUCCAUGUGUAUUUCUCUCGUGACUGUAUGGCCCAGCUCUGGCAAUUGGGUUUGUUCCGUCGCCGCAUUGCUCUCAACCAUGAUCGUCGCAGAACGAGGAAUCAACCCGUGAGGUUCUUGGAAGGGCAAGGCAUUCCCCGAACGGACGACGCCAAACAGGAUCGAGAGUCUCAAAGCGGCGCGAGGCCGUAUCUCACCAUCGCGAGUUCCCCUGCACCGCGAUGCAGAUUUCUAAGAAAUCUUAGGGAAUACGCGUAUUAGAGCUUAGACUCUUCUGGCGAAGGCUUUGACGUACGAUAAAUCCAUUGGUGCGAAGUAGUACUGUUACGUGAGCC